AUGGCUGGUGCUUUAGAAAACGCAAGGAAGGAAAUCAAACGCCUUUCAAUCGACGACCACAAGGAACACCACUAUGGACAAAUCUUUUCAGUGUCAGGACCAGUUGUCGUUGCAGAGAACAUGGUAGGGUGUGCGAUGUACGAGUUGGUGAAAGUCGGACACGACAACUUGGUUGGUGAAGUGAUUAGAAUAAAUGGAGAUAAGGCCACCAUUCAAGUUUAUGAAGAGACUGCCGGUGUCACUGUUGGUGACCCUGUUUUGAGAACUGGUGCGCCAUUGUGUGCUGAAUUGGGUCCUGGGUUGUUGAACACUAUUUACGAUGGUAUUCAAAGACCAUUGAGAUCGAUUAGAGAAAAGACUGAGUCGAUUUAUAUCCCACGUGGUGUGGAUGUGCCAUCGUUGUCGAGAACUGCUGAAUAUGAUUUCAAACCGGGCCAAUUGAAAGUUGGCGAUCACAUUACUGGUGGUGAUAUUUUUGGGUCCAUUUACGAAAACUCGUUGUUGGAUGACCACAAAAUUUUGCUCCCACCUAGAGCAAGAGGUACCAUUACUUCCAUUGCUGAACCCGGUUCGUACAAUGUUGAAGAUACAGUUUUGGAAUUGGAGUUUGAUGGGAAAAAGCAUAAAUACUCCAUGAUGCACACUUGGCCAGUCAGAGUGCCGAGACCAGUUGCUGAAAAGUUAACUGCCGAUUACCCGUUGUUGACAGGACAAAGGGUCUUGGACUCGUUGUUUCCAUGCGUUCAAGGUGGUACUACUUGUAUCCCUGGUGCUUUUGGAUGUGGUAAAACUGUUAUUUCGCAAUCAUUGUCGAAAUACUCUAACUCAGAUGUGAUUAUCUAUGUGGGUUGUGGAGAAAGAGGAAAUGAAAUGGCUGAAGUCUUGAUGGAGUUUCCAGAAUUGUUUACUGAAAUUGAUGGAAGAAAAGAACCAAUUAUGAAACGUACUACAUUGGUUGCCAACACUUCGAAUAUGCCUGUUGCUGCCAGAGAAGCCUCCAUUUACACUGGUAUCACUUUAGCUGAAUAUUUCAGAGAUCAAGGUAAGAAUGUUUCGAUGAUUGCUGAUUCCUCCUCACGUUGGGCGGAAGCAUUGAGAGAAAUUUCCGGUAGAUUGGGUGAAAUGCCUGCUGACCAAGGUUUCCCUGCAUAUUUGGGUGCCAAGUUGGCAUCGUUUUAUGAAAGAGCCGGAAAAGCCACUGCAUUGGGUGCCCCAGAUAGAGUUGGAUCGGUUUCCAUCGUUGCUGCUGUUUCCCCCGCAGGUGGUGAUUUCUCGGAUCCCGUCACCACAUCAACUUUGGGUAUUACACAAGUGUUUUGGGGGUUGGAUAAGAAGUUGGCACAAAGGAAGCAUUUCCCUUCGAUAAAUACUGCUGUUUCGUAUUCCAAGUACACCAAUGUGUUGAACACUUAUUACGAUAAAAACUACCCUGAAUUCCCACAAUUGAGAAACAAAAUUAAGGAAAUCUUAUCCAAUGCUGAAGAAUUGGAACAGGUUGUUCAGUUGGUUGGUAAAUCGGCUUUGAGUGAUUCCGACAAGAUUACAUUGGAUGUUGCUGCUUUGAUCAAGGAGGAUUUCUUGCAACAAAAUGGGUAUUCCACUUAUGAUGCAUUCUGUCCUAUUUGGAAGACUUUUGACAUGAUGAAGGCAUUCAUCUCGUACUAUGACGAGGCACAAAAGGCGGUUGCUAAUGGUGCACAAUGGUCGAAGUUGUCGGAAGCCACUAGUGACGUGAAGCAUGCUGUGUCCUCAGCCAAGUUUUUUGAACCAAGUAGAGGUGAACAAGAAGGUGAAAAGGAGUUUGGCGAGUUGUUGACCAACAUUUCAGAGAAGUUUGCCGAUGCAGCAGAAUAA